AAUUUUGUAUUGGUUAAAAAUCUCGAAAACAAGCCUCAGUUGAAGUAAACACAGAAAUAUACAAUUCAAGAGUGUUUUACGCUUUAAAUGGAAAGAAAAGUAUCCUUCUUCUAGCACGCCAAGUGGAGUCCUGAGAUAUUUUUUCAUCGCUUUGGGGUAUUCAGGAGUUAGCCUGCUAGCCUCAGAGCGCUAGCUUGCUGGCGUUACUCGGCGUGAGUGUGGACUGAAAUGUGUGUCUUUUUUGUCGGAUGUCCUUAGACUGCAGCUUGCUGAACAAGAAGGCCUCAAAUGGGAAAAUCAAGCAUCGGUCAGGAAUAACAAGCAUACUCACGUACAUGUAGCGCGUAUUUAGGAGAAGGAUCCCUCACAUCACUGCUGCAGCCCUCUAUUUUUAGCUGGAUUUUAACCUGUCCCCUCUGAAGACAACCAUGGAAUCGACGGUCGAUGACGAUGCGAUGGAAGCGUGAAUGAGGUUUGGCGUGGCGAUAGCUGAACGAUGCCCAAGGGUGGGGGUUCUAAAACCCCCCAGCUGGAGGACUUCCCACUCAGCACCGACAUGGUGGAGAAGCAGGGUGGGAAGAAGGAUAAAGAUAAAGGCUCGUCAAACAAGACCCCUAAACUUGACCGCAGUGAUGGCGGCAAAGAGAUGAAGGAAAAAGCUCCCAAGAGGAAACUGCCCUUUACUGUUGGAGCCAAUGGAGACCAGAAAGAUUCUGACUCAGAGAAGCAAGGUCCAGAGAGGAAGCGCAUUAAAAAGGAGCCUACCAACACCAGGAAGUCAGGCCUGCCAUUUGGGAUGGGCAUGCCAGGGAUCCGUGCCGGCUACCCCCUCUCAGAGCGGCAGCAGGUGGCUCUUCUCAUGCAAAUGACGGCCGAAGAGUCAGUUAACAGUCCAGACACAACACCAAAGCAUCAGUCACAGUCUAGUCUGGGUCAGAAGGGAACGCCAAACUCUGCCUCAAAAACCAAAGACAAAGUGAACAAGCGGAACGAGAGGGGCGAGACGCGGCUUCACCGGGCGGCCAUUCGUGGAGAGGUUCGCCGCAUCAAGGAGCUCAUCAGUGAGGGAGCUGACGUGAAUGUAAAAGACUUUGCAGGCUGGACUGCAUUGCAUGAGGCUUGCAAUAGAGGCUAUUAUGAUGUGGCCAAGCAGUUGCUGGCAGCAGGGGCAGAGGUCAAUACUAAGGGCCUAGAUGAUGAUACGCCCCUACAUGAUGCAUCAAACAACGGGCACUUCAAAGUGGUGAAGUUGCUGUUGCGAUACGGAGGUGAUCCUUGUCAAAGCAACAGGAGAGGAGAAACACCAUUGAAGGUGGCCAACUCCCCAACCAUGCUCAAUCUGUUGCUUGGAAAAGGCACUUACACCUCCAGCGAAGAAAGCUCCUCAGAAUCUUCAGAGGAAGAGGAUGCUCCAUCUUUUGCCCCGUCAAGCUCUGUUGAUGGCAAUAACACGGACUCAGAGUUUGAGAAGGGUUUAAAAUUGAAAGGGAAGGGUCUGGACCCACCCAAAUCCACAACCACACCCGUCAAGGAUGAAUAUGAAUUUGACGAGGAUGAUGAAGAGGAGCGUGUCCCACCGGUGGAUGACAAGCACCUGCUUAAAAAAGACUUCCGUAAGGAUACUGUCAGCAAGGCCAACAGUUUCAUCUCCAUACCGAAGAUGGAGGUCAAAACCUAUUCCAAAAGCAACUCGCUAACACCAAAGAAGACAAUGCGUCGGAUCCUUUCAGACAGCAACAGCUCAGAUGAGGACGAACGGACCUUGUGUUUCACCCCCACACCCUCAUCACGGCAAGCAGCACCCCCCACCAAUUCCAAGACCCGGGACUCAGCCACACUCAGCACCAAACAGCAAAAAGAAAAGAAUAAAGUCAAGAAGAAGAGGAAGAAGGAAACGAAAAACAAUUCUACAAAGGAGGUGCGGUUCGGUAAAGUAAACGACAAGUUCUGCACCUCAGAUUCAGAAAUUGGGGACAUGGAGAGUGAGGAUGACAAAGGCUCCAUGCAGAGCUCAAACUGUGUGAAGGACUCUUCUAAUCUGAGCCACAAGGACUCAUCUGUUUUCAGCUCAUUGUCUGCCUCCUCUUCGUCCUCUUCACAUGGCAGUCUUGUCUCACAGAAACACACGCAGUCUCUGGCUGAGCAACAUCCAAAGCAGUGGAGAACAGACGGUUGGAAGACUGUGUCCUCUCCAGCAUGGUCUGAUGUAAGCUCCCUCUCAGACUCAGUUAGAACAAGACUUUCCAGUGAGUCAGACUAUUCUUCUGCAGACUCCAGUGUAGAGUCAGUGAAACAGGUGAAAAAGAAAGCACAGGAUAACAAAAAGAAAAACAACACGCAUGCCAAUGCAUUAGACAAAAAGAACUCAGACUUUUAUAAAAACUCGAACACAGACGGAACGGUCUCCAAAACAGACAAAGAUGGAAAGGUGUUGAAAAAACACAAAGUGAAACACAAACACAAAAAUAAGGAAAAGGAAAAGGCUCCAAGUCUAGUACUGAAUCAAGACAUGAAUGAGAAAUUUGUCAAGAGCUUCUCCUUUGAUUUUGAUGAUUCACGACAAAAAUCUCUUAUUGUUGAGACAGAAUCACUUGCUGAAAAAGUCAAACUCUCAAAACAUGACAAAGAUCAUUUUAAAAAGGAUGACCGUGUGUCAAAAGGCAAAUCUGAAGAUAAAGACUGGUCUGGAAAAGAUGUUCAAAGAUUGACGAAAGAGGAGAAAUCAAAGAAAACAAAGGAGUCCAACAAGGAGAAAGCAAGCAAGGAUGAGAGGGAUAAACCUUCAAAAACUGAAAAGGAAAGGGGUAUCAAGGAUAAAGAGAAGCCCAAGGAAGAGAAACUGAAAAUUCAUAAAGACGAGAAAAGGAAAAAAUCAAAGGAUAAGUCACUUAAAGCAGACAAGAAGAGUGAACAGAAAGAAGACAAACAUUUCAAAUCAGAGAAAGAGAAGGGCUGUAAAGACGAAAAAGAAAAGUCAAAGAAGGAUAAGGUCAUAAAGGAGGAGAAUGAAUAUGAGGAAUAUGACAUCAAAAACCAUUUUUUAGUCCCAGAGGAUACUAAACUCAGUGCAUCAGAUGAUCCUCAUGAUCGCUGGCCCUCCGAGCUGUCGUCUGAGAGCUCACUCUUUGGAGAUGACAGUUGGGAUGCUCCUGUAAAAGAAUAUAAACCAAAUAACGCUGUAAAACUAAUUGUCGAGACAGUAAAAGAAGAAAGCAGGGACAGAAAAAAAGAAAACAAAGUAAAAGACAAGAAAGCAGAUCACACUGACAAGCGCUCAGAGAAAGAGGCUACGUCCAAGAAGAAAGAAAAGGAAUCCACUGAUAAGGGAAUCGAAAAGAAAAAGGACUGGACAGACAAACAGAAACUUAACUCAAGUCACUCAUUAGAGAAAGAGAAAAAACGAAAGGAGACUGCAGAUGGUGGCAAAGAGAAGAAAGACAAGGACUCCACAGAUUGCAUCAGAGACAAGAAAGACUCUUAUGAGUUCACAAAGGACAGGAAGGACUCUAAAACAAAACAAGAAUCCUCACGAGAUGAAUAUGGGGGUGAGACAUAUUUCAAAGACAAAUCAGAAAACGAAACCACUGGCAAAUCAGACCUCAGGGAGAGAAACCACUCUGGUAAAGAAAAGGAGAAGAAAGGGGAUGGAAUGGACAAGAAAGAAAAAAAUAAAGGGGAGAAACAUAAAGAGAAGCCUAAAGACAGAGGCAUGGACCAGGAGAAAGAAAAGCCUGAUAGAAACUCUAUUGAUAGAUCAGUAAAGGAGAAGGAUGCUGAUAGAGGCUCUAAAGAGAAGAAAGAUGGGAUUAAAGAUAAACACAAAGACCCCCAUACUAAAGAUAAGGAACGAAAGACGUCCUCAGAUCAGAGUAAAGACAAGAAGGAAAAGCUAUCCCAGGACAAACAUGUUGACAGGGAAAAAGAUUUCCUUGAUUUUAAGAAGGAGGAAAGAAAAUCUGAGAAGUUGAGGGAAAAGACAUGGUAUAAAAUUGAGGACAUCUUCACUGAUGAGAGUGAGGAUGAAGAAGACAACUACAGUGGAGGUGUGGCUAAAUUAAGUGAUGCUCUUGGACUAUCAGACUCUCAUAGGAAAGACUCCACACCUGACAGGGAUGACAUGGACCACUUCCAAACUGAGAAACACAGAAAGUAUGCUACAGAGGGGAAACAGCACUCCACAGAGAAACAGAAAGAUAAGGAGCAUAAGGAGAAGAAAAAAGAGAAGGCUGCAUUUGACUCUAUGAAAGAGAGAAAGGGCUCUCUGGAAAAACACAAUAAAGAUAAAAAGGACAAGGAUUCAACUGAUCCAAAACAUAAGGAACGUAAAGACAGAACAUCUCUUGACUCAAAUCAAGACAAGAAGAAUAAACAGAAAAUUUUAGACAAGAGGGAGGCAUCUGAAGAGAAGAACAAGAGCAAAUACAGAGAUAAACCAGAACAUUUGAGAGAUAGGAAACCUUCCAAAGGUAGUGGGGAAAAUGAGAAAUCUCUGUUGGAGAAACUUGAGGAGGAGGCCAUGAAUGAUUACAAAGAUGACUCUAAUGAUAAAAACAGUGAAAUUUCAUCAGAUAGUUUCACAGACAGGGGACACGAGCCUGUGCUAUGCAACUUCUAUGACUCAUCAAAUAUCAGCUUGACUGAUGUUUCUGAGGAGAGGAGAGAUUCAUUGUCCAUUUCUAAUCCUCAAGACAAGUUUAGGGAGAAAGAGAGACACAGACAUUCAUCCUCAUCAUCCUCUAAAAAGAGUCACGAAAAAGAUAAACUUAAGAAGGACAGAGGUGAUAAGAGAGAGAAGUCAGAGGAGACUAGAGAAUCCUAUGGACGCAGGGAGAGCUUGCCCUUUGAGAAGGAGCCCAUGCCCUUAGAAGCUGAUCCAUAUACUUUCCCUUAUGGUUCUAAAGCUGAUGGAGAGGAUGACUUGGACAAGACUUUAGAGUUUGAAAAGGAGAUGUCCAAAAAGGACAAGACAAGCAGUGUCCCCACCAGUGAGAAGAUCAAAGACAAAAAGAAGAAAGAGAAACAUAAGGAAAAGGUGAAAGAGGAAAAGCAUAAAUACUCUGAUAGUUUUGGUUCAUUCAGGCACUCUAAGGAGGAUCAAAAAUCUGGACUGAAAGAAAGUCCUCAAGUCACAAAUUUGAAAGAUAAGUCUAAGGAAGACAGCCCGAAAUUUGAUGGGAAAAAUAAGGAUAGAAAUAGAGAUGUCCUGGACAAAGACAGAACAGAUUAUGUCAAGACCAAGGCCAAAGACGAUAAUGACAAGCUUACCCAGUCUAAGGACACAGCUCGAAAAGACAGCCGUCCACGGGAAAAGCUACUGGUUGAUGGUGACCUCAGGCUUACAAGUUUUGGCAAAAUGCUUAGCUUGAAAGACCAGGAGAUUGAGGAGCGUCAUAAGAGACAUAAAGAAAGAAUGAAACAAAUGGAGAAAUUGAGACAUAGAUCAGGAGACCCUAAGCUUAAGGAUAAAACAAAGUCUAGUGAAGAAAUUAGAAAGAAUCGUAACGACCUGUCAUCUAAAAAAUCAGGCUCUUUAGAAUCUACAUUGAAAGAGAAGAAGCUUAAAGAGACUGGUGUCCCCACCCAAAUGAUGUCUCCAGACACAAAGUCACAACCUAUGGAUAGUCAGACCUCAAAAGACUGGCUGGCAGGCCACCAGAUGAAGGAAAACCUCCCUGCUUCACCAAGACCGGAUCAGAGCAGGCCGACAGGAGUUCCCACCCCUACCUCUGUGAUUUCUUGUCCUAGCUAUGAGGAAGUCAUGCAAACUCCCCGCACACCAUCAUGUAGUGCAGAAGACUACCCUGAAAUUAUGAUUGAUGGGUUAGACUGCCAGAGCUCAUCGGCUAUGUCAAUGUCCAUGAAUGCUUGUUCCCCAUCCUUCUUUGACAGGUACUCUAACUCUUCCCAGAGUUUUCAGGAGGGAACAUGCCUAACACCAGCAAAGAACAUGCAGCUCCCUCUUGUGAGUCGUUCCGUUUCCUCAGAGGUCAGAAGGCCCCUUGAAGAAGAGUUCAGAGCUGAAACAGACAAGUUCCUCCGACAGCAAAGUGCAUCCACUGGCACAGAGUUUGAUUCAUCAACCCCACAUCAUACAGAGGAUAAAACAGCGGUGGAAAGACUAGACUGCCUCUCUCCUCCAUAUUUCUCUCCCCGUAUUGAUAUCCUGUCCCCUAGACCUGACUCCUCUUUGCAUGGGACAGAUGAGGCCAUUCCAUCAAGUACUGAUGCUGAUGGAGAUGAUCAUCCUCAAGAAUGUGUCUACAACAAUUAUGUGAUGAAGCCCUCAACUCCUGUCCAUAGACCAGACCCUCAAGAGCCCUGUCUGGACAUAGCUGCUCCCCCAACACCUGCACCAGCAGCUCUGCCUCCUAUGGAUAUUGAUGAUCUUUCAGAGCCACAACAGAGCGAACCCAGUAUGUUGCCAUCUGACCCUGUAAGUGGCAGUGACUACUUGCCUCCUGUUGUAGAAGAAAGGGAAAGGGAGGAGGAGGAAGAGGAGGAGGAGGAUGAGGAAGAAGAUGACGAAGAUGCCCUAGAAGGUGAUCAUGUUUCAGAAGAAGAGAGUGGGCAGCCCAAUGAUGAUCCAUCUUUUGGUCUGGGGAUUGAAGAGUCUUCUAAAAAGACUUGGGGCGGAUCACCAGACAGAAGACAAUCUGAGGUUCUUCCUCUGACACCCACUCAACCCCCAGUCAUGGAAAACUCCUGUGAUCAAACUAUCAACUGGGGUUCGGGUAGUAUCAUGAAAUCUCCUCAUGAAAGUUAUAGAGAAGUGGAGGCAGCUGUAUCUAAGAUUAGUAGCCCCUGCCAUCACUCAGAUAGUGAGCUUCAGCAUAUUCCCACGGCAAUGCCUGCACAGCCGUCUCUGACACCACCUUACUCAGCCUAUCCUGGGUCGUACUGCCCAUCACAGAUUUCAGAUUCUGACUACGAGAGUCACAAAGACACAGUUGAAGAUAUCCCUUCUCCAUCAAGACCUGUAACAGAACCUGUGGACUCUGAAACAAACUUCAUACCACCUCCUUCAACUCAACUUGAGCAUUUCUUCCCAGAUUGUAAGAGCCAUAUGGAGGAAAAUCAGAUGAAUUCAGAACCUGCGUGUAUGGCACAGGAGAAUAGACAGGACUCCCUCAGCUAUGCAGGUGAGAGCAAUAUGGUUCCAACAGUAAGCCAUGAGCCUGUUGUGCCCUGGGCAGACUCAUUCUCUUCUCCAGUUGAUGAGUUGGAUGACUUGGGGCCCUUCUCUCUCCCAGUACUGCCUUUUCAAGAGAAGGAGAUGCAGGAACCUGACAUAACAGUCCCAGAAGUUGUCGAGCAUAAACUUCAUCCUACUCAGACAAGUCCAGCAGACCUGGAGUCAAAUGCAGAGCCAAGGCUAAUGGAAGUUUUGCCUGCCUUGGCCAAAGCUUCAUGCUCCCCAGAAGUUCUGCCUCCUCCUGAAACUGCUCAGGAUUCUUCUCCACCCUCACAAGAGGACUGUUACAAACCAGAGCAUGAUCUGCAGCAGGAGCCAUGUGACAUUCUAGAAAGUCACUCUGUGUCAGAGAUCAUACAGGAAGACAGCGAGAGGGAUGAGAGUAGUGGCAAAAUAUUCCCUGAUACUGAGAAUGACCCAGAGUUCAGACAAAGAGACACAACCACUGACGUUCCCCUACCAGUUGCUUCUGCGCCAUCUCCAGCGGCUGCAAAACAAGAACAUGUUGUGCAGACUCCAGCAGUAGCAGGUCCCUCUUGCAGCCCUAACUCUUCUGCUCCUGUUCAGGCUACUGUCACAAUUACAAGUGCAUGCCAAGUGUCAGAGGCUCUUGAAACCACUGCUAACGUUUCAGUUGCUGUGACAGUGUCUGAGGUGCCCAAGAAGGUUGAAGAGAUCCCCCAGAGGAUAACCCGGAACCGGGCUCAGAUGCUCGCCAACCAGAGCAAACAGAACACUGCUCUGAGUCCCUCAAGUAUCACUUCCUCAGCCUCCUGUUCACCAAUUACUACAAGCAUAACAGUUAAUACCAUCUCUCCAUCCUCCUCUUCCUCCAUUUCUGGAGAGAAAGAGAAGGAGCCCAUAAGCACCUCGAGUGCUCCAAGUUCUAUUCCAGCCGCUCCUUCACUUGUUACCAAAAACAAAGGUCGACCUGUAGAGGAGGAGGACAGCCAGGCGCAGCAUCCACGUAAAAGGAAAUUCCCUAAGUCAGGUCAGCAGCAGGUGCAGGUUCAGCUGGUCAACACUGCCAUGCAACAGACUCGGGAGAUGAUCCAGCAGACUCUUGCGGUAAUAGUGAAUGCCAUCAAGUUGGAUGACAUUGAGCCCUACCACAGUGACCGCUCCAACCCCUAUUUUGAGUAUCUGCAGAUCCGUAAGAAGAUAGAGGAGAAGCGAAAGAUUUUAUGUUACAUAACACCGCAAGCCCCUCAGUGCUACGCAGAAUAUGUGACCUACACAGGCUCCUACCUGCUUGAUGGCAAACCUCUUAGCAAACUGCAUAUUCCUGUGAUCGCUCCACCCCCGUCUCUGUCAGAACCUCUGAAGGAACUCUUCAGACAGCAGGAAGCAGUCAGAGGGAAACUAAGAUUACAGCAUAGCAUAGAGCGGGAGAAGCUCAUUGUGUCCUGUGAGCAGGAAGUUCUGCGGGUACAUUGCAGAGCAGCAAGAACUAUAGCCAAUCAGGCUGUUCCAUUCAGUGCCUGCACAAUGCUUCUGGAUUCAGAAGUCUACAAUAUGCCAUCUGAGAGCCAGGGGGAUGAGAAUAAGUCAGUGAGAGAUCGGUUCAAUGCACGACAGUUUAUCUCCUGGAUCCAAGAUGUGGACGAUAAAUAUGACCGCAUGAAGACAUGUUUAUUGAUGAGGCAACAACACGAGGCAGCUGCCUUAAAUGCUGUGCAGAGGAUGGAGUGGCAACUGAAAGUUCAGGAGCUGGAUCCUGCUGGACACAAGUCGCUGUGUGUCAAUGAGGUUCCCUCCUUCUACGUGCCAAUGGUCGACGUCAACGAUGACUUUGUAUUGUUGCCUGCAUGACAAGAGCACACACUCAAACAUAGAGAGUGUGGUCCUACAUCAUCGUCUUUCAAAGAGACAGAAAACAGAAGGUUCGGUAAGGGCUAGCCGGUUUGAAGAGGAGAUUCUUUUAGGAGAAAAACUAUAUUACAUAGGUAAAAGUAAAAGAAAAAACUCGCUAAUUGUCCCCUUCCGCAAGUAGAGGAAGCAUCUUUCUACCGGGGAAAACACAACUUGCACUUUCAUCUUUCAAGUUUUUAUGCUUUUGUUUGGGAUAUAUGAAGCAACACUGCUUUGCUUUGAAGCUGCCCCACCCUACCCCACCCCUCCUGGUUAAUUUGAGUGAAAAGGGAGGGAAGAGAAAAGUUAUUUUUCACUUUUGGUCACAUUAAUAUAAAUGACAACUAAAGGUCACUUGAAAGAAGCCUUUCUACCCCAUUGCAACAGAACCAGGAAUAGAAGGAACCAUGCUGAACAAGGGGCGCCAAACAUAGGCUCAAUCAACAUGUGAGAUUGCAGGCAAAGUUCAGAAAUGGCCCCAAGGGGCCUAAAGUAAGCCCCUAAACUCUUUCUGUAAAGAGAUAAGAGUCUCAUGGACACGAAUCUUUCUGGACCACAGCAGAAGAGAACAUGGCUACUUGCUGUCAACACUGCACAGUGUUGUCCCAAAAACCAAGGCAGCCGGCCACAGUGCAAGGGGCAGCAUGACAAGGGUCAGUGCUACAGUAGAUGGGAAUAUGCCUUUGGCAGCCAUGGAGAGUUUGAGAUCCACAGCACCUUCUGCAGGAGCAAAGGAGCAUCUGAUUCUGCAUGCAGGAUCACUCGGCCUCUUGUGGUUUGUGAAGCCAGGCCUAUGGCAUCUGUUUGUUGUCAAAUGGCUACAUAAGGAAAAUGAGGACAAACACAGAACACGAAUGUUGCGAGUUAAGAGGCAAAGACUUCAGAAAUCAUGUUUUAGUGGAGAAUUUUCUUCUUUUUUUGUCUUUCUUUACUUGGGCAUUUCAUUGUCUCCCUUUCUGAGGAAGUGACUUGAAACACUACAGAGCCAACAUUAGUUUAAUGGAGAAAAAACAAAAUUGAAAAAAAUAUUGUAUUCCGUAAAUGAUGUACAGUUUUUAUAUUCGUUAACCAAUGUAUUCUCGCUGCCUUCUAGAUAAUUUAUUUUGCCACACAUUACUGCACAGUUGUAAAUAACUUAUGUACUGUAACAUCACUCAGUUAAGUGUAAAAAAUAAAUGAAUAAAAAGUUAUCUUUGUAUGUACAGUUCACUUUUGGGCAGCACUUUCCCCCUCAUACGAAUGGGCCAAAAUGUGUACACAUGUCAGUAUUUUGAGGACUCCUGUGCACAGGUCCUAAAGGUUCUGUCUAAGGCUGGUCAAGGCAAGUGUCCUGGGUUGUCAUCAACAGAAUUUCCACAGUUAAAAAUGAAUCCAUCCUUAUCAAAACAAUACUUAAACAAACUGGCCACAGUCGUAAAUUACAAAUGUAGCAGAGAGGUUAUACAAUUAUUAAAAGCAUAGUAGAGUUAUAUUCAUUGAUUUAUUAUUACACCAUUAUCUAAAAUUAUAAAACCAAGAAAAUGCCUUUUUGCAGUCAACAUUUAAUUUUCUUAAGAACUGCACAAAUUAAAUGUGUGAAUAUCAGGCAGUAGGCAGAACUUAUUUAGUCUGCUUCAAGCUCAAUACAGUAUUGUUCCAUGAGCUAUGUCAAAACUCCAUUGAAAUUUACACUCAGAAUAAUGAUACCAUGACUAUGAACAUCUUUUUCCCUUAUUGUUUUUUUUCCACCAAUGUAAUAUCCAUAAGCCACAAAGCAACUUACUGUUUUAAAUCAGUGUGUUUUCUUUCUAAAAUCUGUAGCUGUGUGAAAGAGCUGACCAAUUCAAGCUUUCUGGAUCUGGCAAGUAUGUAACUGGAGUGGAUUAUUCAUGUUAGCUGUUCACAUGGUUAAAAAGUGUAGGCCACAUUCCUCCUUUUUUUCUUUUUUCUUUUCUUUCUUUUUUUUUUUUAAUUCCCUGAUUCUUCAGUUAGAUUUUUGGAGUAGAACGUUUUCAGUUUUAUGUAGCUUUAGAUUACAGAUAUGUCAGUGUUCCUUGAUGUUGAGAAUGGGUCUUUACUGUAGGGAUGGGACUUAAAUAUAAGACAUUGUACAAGCCUCUUGCCUCUCUGUACAAAAAAGUCAGUGGUUUUGUCAUUUUUUUAUGUAGAGGUAAAAGACUGUUUAAGAAAUAACAUCCAUGUUCAUCAUCCAGUAUGCUUUUAUUUCUCUGCUCAAUGUGUCAUUUUAACACUUGGUAUUUGCAUAUUCAGAAUUUCAGUCAAUAACACCCUUUCAGUUCUACUUCUGUGGAAAAUGUACAUAAGAGAGGACAUUUUAAACCAUUCAUCAGACAAUAUAGCAUUGAAAUUAUCCAAACAAAGGAACAUUAACACACUCCAUUACACGCUCCAUCAUGCAUGCUCUCCUAUCUGUCUGCAUGUGUAUCAAAUUGUGAUCCACACACAAUAUACUUUCUUAGUACCCUGUUUUAGUUUACAGUUAACAUUAUAUGCACAGUCACAUAGCUUUGAGUCACACCACAACACAGAGAGGA